UCUCUCUUAUCGUUCAGUAUAUAACGGAAGAAACGUGUUUUCUAGUGUGUAAUGAACCGAGUUCUGUCAGAAAGAGAAAAGCUCCUUUGACGCGUUUUUCGUUACACUCCGCUAUGCAUUUCAAGCCAGACCCUAACGUUCAGCCCAAAUACACACAAAUUUUUAUCAACAAUGAAUGGAUGAAUUCAGCGGGUGGAAAAAAAUUUCCAGUCAUUAACCCUGCAACAGCUGAGAAGAUAUGCGAUGUUCAAGAAGGCGACAAGGCAGAUAUAGAAAAAGCAGUUCAAGCAGCAAGAGCUGCCUUUAAAAAUGGUUCAGUAUGGCGAACAAUGGAUGCUUAUGACAGAGGACGACUUCUCAGCAAGCUGUCAGAUUUGAUUGAACGAGACACAGAAUAUUUAGGAAAUCUUCUUACUUUGGAAAAUGGAAAACCUUUUGUUGAUUCUACUUGGGAAAUAGCAGCAGCUAUUAAGACUUUGCGCUACUUUGCUGGAUGCGCCGAUAAAAUUCAUGGAAAAACUAUUCCAUCAGACGGAAGCACGUUUACAUACACUCGAUUAGAACCAAUUGGGGUUUGUGGUUUAAUUACACCGUGGAAUGUUCCAUUGAUUCUCUUAAGUAAUAAACUAGGACCGGCUCUAGCAACAGGUAACACCGUAGUCUUAAAACCUGCAGAACAAACACCAUUGACUGCCCUGUAUGUUGCUAACUUGGUGAAGGAGGCCGGCUUUCCUCCUGGUGUCAUUAAUGUGGUACCUGGUUAUGGACCAACAGCAGGUGGUACCCUUACUACCCACUUAGAUGUGGAUAAGGUUUCGUUUACUGGUUCAACUGAGGUUGGUAAACUUAUUCAACAAGCUGCUGGAAAGAGUAAUUUGAAGAGAGUAACUUUGGAGAUGGGAGGAAAGAGUCCAUUAGUAGUCUGUUCUGACGUGGAAAAUUUGGAUCAGGCAGUCCAAAUUGCUCAUCAUGGUCUCUUCUUUAACCAAGGACAAGCUUGCUGUGCAAGUACCCGCAUUUUCGUUCAAGAGGAUAUUUACGAUGCCUUUGUUGCCAAAAGCACAGAAUUGGCAAUGAAACGAAUUGUUGGUGAUCCAUAUGAUGGUAAAACAGUUCAAGGUCCUCAGAUUGAUGAUGAGCAAUUCAAUAAAAUCCUUGAAUUGAUAGAGUCUGGUAAGAAAGAAGGCGCCAAGCUUGAGUGUGGCGGAGGACGUCAUGGAAACAGAGGAUACUUUGUGCAGCCAACUGUUUUCUCAAACGUUCAAGAUAACAUGCGAAUCGCAAAAGAAGAAAUUUUUGGGCCUGUAAUGCAAAUCAUGAAGUUCAAAACAUUGGAAGAAGCUAUCGAGCGAUCCAACAAUACUGAGUACGGAUUAGCAGCUGGCAUCUUGACAAAAGAUUUGAACAAAGCUACUCUGUACUCGCAACAAGUGCGGGCUGGGACAAUAUGGGUCAACUGCUUCUUGACUAUAAGCGUCCAGGUUCCAUUUGGAGGUUAUAAAAUGUCUGGUCAAGGCAGAGAAUUUGGAACUGAUGCACUUCAUUCAUACUGCGAAAUUAAAUCCGUAACCACGAUGAUUCCACAAAAAAAUUCUUAAAUUUGUUCUUACUUGACUGUCAUACAUGACUUGUAAAUGUACUUUUGUAUUUUUAAAAACGGUAAAAUAAUCUACCUCUAAAUUGAAGAUCUCUAUAUCAAUAGAUAAUCUAAUAAUAUGCAGUUUGUAAAUUCAAUGAAAGAAGUAAAAAUUGAUUUUUUACAAA